AGCAAUUCAUGGAAUGGGCACGACCAUCUCUGUCAUUUCACCUACACUUCACUGACUUUGAGAUAGAUAAAUAAAUAAAUAGAAAAUACCCUCUCUCUAUCCAACGGUUUUGGAUAAAAAGGAACCCAGAAGUACUCUCUCUUCUUUCUAAAUUCUACAUAUGUUUCUUAUAGAGAAGGAAAGUUAAGCAUUUAAAAUAUUUAUGGGUUUUCGUUUUUGAGAUGGAGAGUUUAAGUCUUGCUCUUUAAUUCAUUAUUGGGUUUGUUUUUCAUUUUUAGAAGGUGAAAGUUUGUAAUUUUAAAGUUGAACUCACGAGCUCUAGCAUAGCUACUUUUCUCUUUCUUUCUUUACUUUUAUCUUCUGCAACUAUUUCUUCUGCUAUCAGAAUUUCUUAAUAAAAUUAAGCAAAAACCCAGUAGGGGUUGGUGAGUUUUUCACGAGCUUAAACCCAUUUCAGUCUCUUUCUUCACCAAUAUACAAUCUUGUGGUCCUCCUCUCGCCAACUGCAACACCAGCACCACCUGCUUCUCCAUUCGAUUUUUCUCGAUCAAGGGUUGUGUCGAUGUCAUUGAUAAUGUGAUCAGUUCGUUUCAGCUUUCUAUUUUUCUGGGUUCUUAUUUUCUUUUUUUCUGAAGCGAAUACUUUUUAAUUGUUGCUUUCUUUAAGUAGAGAUUGUUGAGGGUUAUAUAGAAAUGGAUCGAUCCGCACUGACUAUAGGUCCAGGUAUGGAUUUGCCUAUUAUGCACGACAGUGACAGGUACGAGCUGGUGAAGGAUAUUGGGGCAGGGAACUUUGGGGUGGCUAGAUUGAUGAGAGACAAGCAGACUGAUGAGCUGGUUGCUGUUAAAUAUAUCGAGAGAGGUGAGAAGAUAGAUGAAAAUGUACAAAGAGAGAUUAUUAACCACAGGUCAUUGAGGCAUCCUAACAUUGUCAGAUUUAAGGAGGUUAUACUAACACCUACUCACUUGGCUAUUGUGAUGGAGUAUGCCUCUGGUGGGGAACUUUUUGAGCGGAUAUGCAAUGCAGGGCGGUUCAGUGAGGAUGAGGCACGUUUUUUCUUCCAACAACUUAUAUCAGGAGUUAGCUAUUGUCAUGCAAUGCAAGUAUGCCAUCGGGACUUAAAAUUGGAGAAUACAUUGUUGGAUGGCAGCCCAGCACCACGUCUGAAGAUUUGUGAUUUUGGUUACUCUAAGUCAUCAGUGCUCCAUUCGCAACCAAAAUCUACUGUUGGAACUCCUGCAUAUAUUGCACCUGAAGUGUUACUUAAGAAGGAAUAUGACGGCAAGAUUGCAGAUGUAUGGUCUUGCGGAGUAACUUUAUAUGUAAUGUUGGUGGGAGCUUAUCCUUUUGAGGACCCUGAGGAGCCUAAGAAUUUUCGCAAGACGAUACACCGAAUUUUGAAUGUCCAGUACUCAAUUCCUGAUUAUGUCCAUAUAUCUCCUGAGUGCCAGCAUCUGAUCUCAAGAAUUUUUGUGGCCGACCCUGCAAAGAGGAUAAGCAUUCCUGAGAUAAAAAAUCAUGAAUGGUUUCUGAAGAAUCUUCCAGCAGAUCUGAUGGAUGACAAGACAAUUAACAACCAGUUUGACGAGCCUGAGCAGCCAGUGCAGAGCAUUGAUGAGAUCAUGCAGAUAAUUUCUGAAGCCACCAUACCAGCAGCUGGCACCGGUAAUCCCAAUCAAUAUUUGACUGGUAGCUUGGACAUUGAUGAUGACAUGGAGGAGGACCUAGAAAGUGAUCCUGAACUCGACAUGGAUAGCAGUGGAGAGAUAGUGUAUGCUAUGUGAAAUUUUACAAGGAAACAUAAUGUCUAAUGCAUGGCAUGGUUGCUGCAAAAGAAUGGAAUAUGACACUUGCACCAUUUCUUCCCAAUGGACAAUGUUAUGGUUGUGAAAUUCUGAUAUCUCAUCUGGGAAACCAUCUGCUUGCAUCCUUUGUCAUUUUAUCACCUCUUUUAACGGAGUGUUUUCACUCUUCAGUAAUAUAUGCUUUUGUGUACGCUUUGUAACACCGUAAUAUAAUGAAGUCUUAAUGUUGUGCUUAGAA